GGGCACCACAGAACCAGCUCCUUGUGCUUCACUUUUUCUUCUGGAAUUUGGGCACACCAUUACAGAAGAGCCAGACUGGAAUGAUCCGAGCUAUCCUUCACAAGGCACUCUCUAAGCAUCCUGAGCUCAUCCCGUCAACGCUUCCAGAUAUAUACAGCAACUGAAAAGAUUCUUAUGUGAAUGACGAACCGACGUUUGCGGAAAUGAAAAGAGCACUAGAACUCUUUGCAGAGAAAGCUUCAAAAAUUUUUUAAGAUAUGCAUAUUCAUUGACGGUCUAGACGAGUUGGCUGGCGAUCAUAAAGAGUUCGCGCAAUUUAUUCAUUCACUUACUGGAACGAAAAUCAAGGUCGUGGUGUCCAGCCGGCCCAUCAAUCCAAGUGUCAACAUCUUUCGGGGCUGUGCAACCUUGAGAUUGCAAGAUCUCACAAGGCACGAUAUGGAUCAGUAUAUCAAAGGGAUUCUGGUGGGCCAUCCAGCUAUGUUUGAAAUGUCAAAGUUCGAUCCACAAGGAACAGGAAAUCUAGUUUCGGAGGUCAAAUUGAAGGCUGAAGGCGUCUUUCUAUGGGUUCGCUUAGUUGUACGACUCCUCAUGGAUGGUCUUGAAGCUGGCGAUUCAAUCAUGGACUUGCAAAGAAAACUUUCUUCACUUCCUAGAGACUUGAAAGAUCUCUGCCGGAGAAUGCUGUCUAUAAUUCUUCCUGAGUACCAGGUACAAGCAUCUGAAAUUUUUCAGAUGUUCCAUGUCUGGAACACCUACACUUCGCAUCAGCCACUUGGCGUGGUCACUUUUGCAUUUGCUAUGCACCCCUCAGAUGAGACAUUUAACCGCCCAGUUGCCCCUCUGAAUCUGGAUCAGUACAUAUGGCUGUACAACAGUACAGAAGCGCGAAUCCAAAGCCGGUGCUGUGGUCUCCUGGAGGUUGGAAGAAACCGUGGUCCCAUGAAUACUGCUUUGGAUUGGGCCUCUGGCGAAGAAAAUGAUGGUUCAGUGGUGAGAUAUAUGCAUCGAACAGUCGGUGAAUUUCUAGUCUGCGGCGAGGUAUGGGAAAAGAUGAGUAAGAUGACACAAAACUCUGCAUUCAAUCCAGCUUUGAACCUUUCCCCAGCUUGUCUUUCCAUGCUCAAGUCGGCGAGCGCUAUCACUACCGCAGCAGCAUUGAAGAUAAUAUUUGGCAAUCUAAUCAACUUUCUUGGAUCGUCCAUUUGCUUUGAUGGCCGACUCUCGCCUGAGUAUAUGCAAUGUGUGGAGGAAUCCAUAAUCAAACAUCCGGACCCCUUCAGCCGUCUCUUUGAUAAAGAAGCCUUUAAAGGUGGAAGAUUGCUUGCGGUACUUCCGCUCCGAUUUCAAGAAAGCUAUCAACAAACAUGAGGCAGAACCAUUCAAAGUAUUGGGCAGGAUACCCUAUAAGGUUGGUAAGUUUGGACAGCAUGUGCCUCCAGGAGCUCCUUUGCACACGAUAGACACAGUCAACCGGUACGAUGGCCACUUUCCUAGUUCGCGAGUAUAUUUUCACAGGAAGUAGAGGGCCAUCCCCAGCCGGCACCAGUGACAACAGCCGUGAAUCGAUGAGACAAGAUCCCCACACCAAUUCUUCUCCAAAGCCCAAGCCCCAGGCCUAGAACCCUCCUUCCUCCCUCCUCAUUUCCCCCUCGCAACCAAACCCCCACGACUCCAGCGGCGCAGCGAAGGAAUCACGUUUCAAACUAUCAGACGGAAACCUACGCCCUCGGAAUACGUUUCAGAUUCGAUCCGAUCCGACUUUUUUGUAUCAAGAUUCCCUUAGAAUUGAUUUUAUUAUAGAAAAUCGACUCGCACAUCAUGAAUAAUUGCGAUGAACUUUCAAAGCGUAUUUUUUCAUCUAUUGUAGUACAGUCUAUUUUUAAUUUAGGGUUUGGAAUGAAAGUAUGAGGAGAGCUCUCGAAAAUCUCAUAUUGAUGGCAUGGGGAGAAAC